AACUGUGACGUAGGCACUUCUAAGGCAUAACACCCCCUCCGGCGGACGUUGGUGUUAUUGUUGGAGUUUCCCAUUGCUCUGUGUUGUUGUUUUUUAUUUUUAAUGAGUGUAAAUCUACGCGAACACACACAUGAAAACUCAUUUUAUACGGCUUUUUUUAACAGUUUGAGCUCCGUGUUUAGCUAGGUAGUGGCAGAGCUAACAAGUUCGGGUUGCCGGGGGAAGUCGAUGGAUGCGCGGGUAUCGGACUUAUUUGACUCAGGAAAUGGACGCAACCCUGGAUCAUCUUCAGCCGUCCCGUCCAACAGCAGCAGGCCGACGAAGUGGCACAGCGUACCCCUCAAAAAGUCCUCAUCUAAGAAGAACAAGAGGAGCUCUAAGUCCCUGCUCUCUUUCAACUUAAAACCGAGCAACAACGCUCCGUAUCUACCUCCAGAGAAUGAGGAGGGAAAUGUAGAGUACAAGCUCAAGCUGGUGAACCCCACACACUAUCGCUUCGAACAUUUGGCGACACAAAUGAAAUGGCGACUGCAGGAGGGUCGAGGGGAAGCUGUCUAUCAAAUCGGCGUCGAGGACAAUGGCAUGCUGGUCGGACUAUCGGAGGACGAGAUGAGGGCUUCACUGAAGACGCUACGUCGGCUGGCAGAGAAAGUUGGAGCUGACAUCACUGUUCUCCAAGAGCAAGAAGUGGAUUAUGACACUGACGUACCGCGUAAGAUUGCUGAGGUUCUUGUUCGUAAGGUGCCGGAUGACCAGCAGUUCUUGGACCUGCGAGUCGCCGUGCUGGGUAAUGUGGACUCUGGAAAGUCCACCCUACUGGGUGUAUUGACGCAGGGCGAACUGGACAAUGGUCGGGGGAGAGCGAGGCUCAACCUCUUCAGGCACCUCCACGAGAUCCAGACUGGUCGUACUUCGAGCAUCAGCUUUGAGAUCCUUGGCUUUAACAGCAGAGGCGAGGUUGUGAAUUACAGCGAGUCUCGGACGGCGGAGGAGAUUUGUGAGAGCGCCUCCAAAAUGAUCACGUUCAUUGAUCUGGCAGGUCACCACAAGUACCUGAAGACCACCAUUUUUGGCCUCACUAGCUACUGUCCGGAUUUUGCCAUGCUCGUCGUGAGCGCCAGCACUGGCAUUGCCGGAACGACGAGAGAGCAUCUGGGGCUGGCCAUGGCCCUGAAGGUGCCCAUCUUCAUCGUCGUCAGUAAGGUGGACCUGUGCACGCGGGCGACCGUGGAGCGCACGGUGCGGCAGCUGGAGCGCGUCUUGAAACAGCCGGGCUGCAACAAGGUGCCCAUGGUGGUGGAGAGCACCAACGACGCCGUCACCGCCGCGCAGCAGUUUGCCCAGUCGCCCAACAUCACUCCCAUCUUCACCGUGUCCAGCGUGUCCGGAGAGAGUCUGGACUUCCUCAAAGUCUUCUUCAACAUCAUCCCGCCUCUGAGCAACAGCAAGGCACAAGAGGAGCUAAUGCAACAGCUAACUGAAUUUCAGGUGGAUGAGAUCUACACAGUGCCAGAGGUGGGGACCGUGGUGGGAGGCACUCUGUACAGUGGCAUUUGCCGAGAGGGAGAUCAUCUCGUAGUGGGGCCCACAGACUCAGGCCAGUUCAAGGAGUUGAGCGUCGGCAGCAUCCAGAGAAACCGCUCUGCAUGCAGGGUGCUAAGGGCGGGUCAGGCUGCCACGCUCGCCCUCGGCAACUUCGACCGGUCACUACUACGCAAGGGCAUGGUGAUGGUGAGUCCCGAGAUGGAUCCAACCAUCUGCUGGAAGUUUGAGGCGGAGAUUGUGUUGCUCUUCCACACCAAGACCUUCCACAAGGGUUUCCAGGUCACGGUGCACAUACGCAACGUCAGGCAGACGGCCACUGUGGAAGCUGUGUAUGGCAAGGAGGAGCUGAGGACUGGAGAGAAAGCCGUGGUCCUCUUCAAGUUCAUCAAGCAGCCGGAGUAUCUGAAGGUCGGCGCCAAGGUGCUCUUCAGAGAGGGCGUGACCAAGGGGAUCGGCCAUGUCACCAAGCUGCAGCCCAUCUGUCCACACCAGGCAUCACAAAGUGAGAAUGAGGGUGCCUAAAGCUUCUUCUUCUGUUAAGAAAAAACAAUGUCCCACUUCAGCACUAGGUGCUCUUUGUCCAAAUGGCCUCUCUUCGCUUCGAAAAUCCCCGUCACAGGGGUUCCUUGGUUGUAAUCGUCCUUUUCUAAAAUGGUGUCGCCACCAUCAUCGUCCACCUCUGUCCUCCUAGGAC